AUGCCCGAGAGGCGCUCCCUGCGAUCAAACAACAAGUCGGACACCUCUUCAUCUGCUAAUGGUGAAAAGGCUCGUUCCAACUCCCAAAGUUCCAGUGCCAAAGACAAGGCCGCGCCUACGACUCGCGCCGCCGCCAGCAAGGCCAAAGCGGCCCCUGCAAAGAAAGGCGCCAAGGGCGCAUCAGACGCCGCCAUGGGAGAUGAUGAUAAGUCGAAUGCCAACGGAUCCAAGUCAACCGAGAAUGGUGUGAAUGGUUCCGAGGAUGUUGAGAUGGAGGAGGAUACGGCAGGUGCGCCUACAUCCUCAAUCAACUCCAAAGAUGACUGUUGUAGUGCCCCGGCCAAGGGAUCGAAAUCCGCCGACAAGAAAGGUCAAGAGAAGGAUGGGGAUGUGACAAUGGAAGGUGCCGAGGAUGAUGAUGCUGAAGCCGAGCCGGAGAUCGAUCCGACAACCAAGGCCAUUCAAGAUAUCAAGACCAACUUCACCCUCCUCGAGCGAGCCGUCGCCCACUUCGAUCCCCGAUUUACCCUCCGUGUCCUGCGAUCGAUAUCCUCCAUGCGGAAACACAUCACCCCCGAGGUCCUGGCCGAAGUGAUUGUGGAAACAUACUCUUCCUCCAACUCGACAGCUUCAUUUUUGCUGAAUGCUCUCGACCAGCCCAACGCCUUUGACAAUGCUAGCUCGGAGAUGGAGGUGGAUUCGGAGAAGAACAAGGCGGCCCCGAAGGAGGUUCUGGCCGAGGUAGACGCAUAUCUUUCCAUCUUGGUCCAGAUUUACCUCUUUGAUCAGCGCCAGAUCCAGAAGGGUGCUAAGUUUUCGACUGAUCUGAUUGAGCGUCUUCGCGCUCUGAACCGCCGUACGCUAGACUCUCUUGCGGCUCGCGUGUAUUUCUAUUAUUCUCUGUUCUACGAGCAAAUCGCUCCGCUUCCCCCAUCUCCAUCAGCGGCCGUUACUGCCAUUCGUCAGCCGCUCCUGGCUGCCCUUCGAACCGCCGUUCUGCGAAAGGACGUCGAUACCCAGGCCACUGUCAUGACACUGCUGCUCCGCAACUAUCUGUCGACCUCGCACAUCACCCAGGCAGAUCUUCUGAUCUCUCACAACAAGUUCCCCGCCGCUGCCUCGAAUAACCAGAUCGCCCGGUACCUCUUCUACCUUGGUCGUAUCCGUGCUAUUCAGCUCCAGUAUACCGAGGCACACAGCCACUUGAUCGGAGCUACUCGAAAGUCCCCUACCAGCCACAGUGCCCGCGGGUUCUAUCAGUCCUCGCACAAGCUGCUUGUGGUGGUUGAGCUCCUAAUGGGUGACAUCCCAGACCGUUCAAUUUUCCGCCAACCAGCUCUGGAAAAAUCCAUGCACCCUUACCUUCUGCUUGCCCAGGCAGUGAGUGUCGGUGACCUGGAUGGGUUCUUGAACAUUGUCAACACACACAGCGCGGCAUUCCGAAAGGAUGGCACGUACACUCUGAUUCUUCGUCUGCGACAGAAUGUGAUUAAGACUGGUAUUCGCAUGAUGUCGUUGUCGUACUCUCGCAUCUCUUUGCGGGACAUCUGCCUGCGUCUGGGCUUGGACAGCGAGGAGUCAGCUGAGUACAUUGUGGCCAAGGCUAUUCGGGAUGGUGUCAUUGAGGCCACCCUGGACCACGAGCACGGUUUCAUGAAGAGUAAGGAAGUUGGUGAUAUCUACGCCACACGGGAGCCCGGCGAGGCAUUCCACGAGCGUAUUCGUGCCUGUUUGGCUCUUCAUGACGAGAGUGUCAAGGCUAUGCGAUUCCCGAUGAACCAGCACCGACUGGAGCUGAAGAGUGCCCAGGAGGCCCGGGAGCGGGAGCGUGAGCUUGCCAAGGAGAUCCAGGAGGGAGACAUGGAUGACGAGGAUGCUGGUGGUGAUUUCGAUGCCAUCUAA